AUGGUGGUGGUGAUGAUGAUGAUGGUGAUGAUGAUGGUGAUGAUGUCGACCAGCAGCAGAGAGACGGAGACGUUCAGAGGAACCAGAAUCAGACGUUACGCCGUCAACCCUCUGGGACACAAGUGGACUCACCACAACAUCACAUACAGGAUCGUAGCGUUUCCUAACACCCUGAAUGUUGAGGACACCAGGAAGGCCAUCAGCAUCGCCUUCACCAAGUGGAGUGACGUGUCUCCGCUCACCUUCACCGAGGUUACCGACGGCAACACCACCGCUGACAUCACCAUAGGUUUCUACACCUUCAACCACACUGACUGCUGGUGGUCUCCUCUCCACCCGUGUUUCGACGGUCUGAACGGCGAGCUGGCUCACGCCUUUCUGCCGCCACGAGGAGAAAUCCACUUUGACAACCACGAGUUCUGGAUCCUCGGCAAGUCCAGGUUCAGCUGGAAACAAGGUGUGUGGCUCAACGACCUGGUCCAGGUGGCGGCUCAUGAGAUCGGUCACGCUCUCGGGUUGUGGCACUCCAGAGACCCUCAGGCUCUGAUGCAUCCCAACGCCACGUACACGGGUCAGAGGAACGUCGCCCAGGACGACGUGUGGGGGAUUCAACGUCUCUAUGGUUGUCUGGAUAAGAAGCGGGUCUGUGGUCCGUGGGCCCGUCUGGGUUUCUGUGAGCGGAGGAGGACCUUCAUGAAGAAGAACUGUCCUCGGCGCUGUGACCUCUGCUUCGAGCCUCUGGAGGCGGUUACCACGCCGACGCCGCCUCCGGCCAACGUCAAGAUCAAGAUGGUUCCCCGGGGGAAGGUGGUGGGUUUCCGCUGUGGAACCAAAAACCUCCGCUCACCGCCCAAAGUCAGCUGGUUUAAAGACGGCGAGCAGAUCUUGACCUCCGUCCCCGGGUACAUCGUCAUGAAGGACCGAGACCUCCGCAUCGUCGCCAACGAGUUCAACGAGGGCGUUUACACCUGUCGCAUCCACCGACGGGGAGACAUCGUGUCCGCCAACUCCUGGUCCAUCCGACUGAAACCAGAGCAGCCCUCCAACAGCUGA